AUGGCGUCUGGGCAGGGGACAGGGAACUCAAGCUCAAGAUCUUUCUUUGAUGCAGAAUCCCAAAUGGAGGAAGAAAACAUGGUCUUACCCUCCAGAGACAGUGACUCCUCCCUAGAGGAUUCCAGCAGCAGCAGCUCUGAGGAGAAGGAUGAAAAUAUGGAAGAUAAAGAUCAUGGACAAGAUUCCCCAGGAUCACCUGGGAGAGUCAGACUGAGAAGUACCAGCAUGCCUACAGUCACAGAGCUCUGGCCACAAUUUAGGCAAGAAGAGACUCUUCGUUUCCUCCGACUCUUUGAUAACCAGAAGACACCAUCUAUGUGGCAGAGAGUCAGAAGGAGAAUGAGAAGGAGGAAACGACAGAACAGACCUUCAAAACCUACCCCGGGAAGCCCCCAGAUAGUAAGACCACCAGGCCCUGAGGAAUGCUUAACAGAUGAUGAGAUAAAAAUGAAGGCUCCAAUGGUCCCUCAGCCUGACUCUCAAUUCCAGGAUUCUAACUCAGAGGUGGCCCCAUGGCGGUAUGGACCUGCCAAGCUUUGGUAUGACAUGUUGGGGGUCCCUCCCCAUGGGAGAGGUUUUGAUUAUGGAUUUAAACUUAAAAAAAAAUCACCAGAAGAAGAGGCAACAACCCAAACAGACCACCCUUUGCUGAAGAAUGAAAACUUUCUGAUGAUCACCCAGAAAACCUGGGAAGAUGAUAUCAUCUGGGAUAGUAGAGAUGUCCAAGAGUCCUCCCCUGAUGCCAAGAAAGUAUCUCAGGCAGGAUGGAUUCCCUCUCAGAACACCAGAUCAUUUAAAACAGAUGCCCGUGACCCAUCUCAGCCUGGUCAGUCCAUAUUUGUCCCUGAGAAUGAAGACCUUAUUUAUAACCGAUGGGAAGACAAUAUUAUUUGGGAUGCCCAAGCCAUGCACAAACCACUGUAUCCUACAAUUCUAACCAUUGACCCAGAUGACCAGAACAUCGUGCUAUCUGAUAUUGAGGAACCUAUAGAAGUAGAGACCUCAUCUCCUGGACCUUCAACCCAGAAGGGCAAAAACAUGCAAAAAUGUGACGUGACUGAGCGCACUCCAGCCUGCGUGAAAGCCAAAGACCCCUGGAACCUGUCAAAUGAUGAAUUUUACUUCCCCCAGCAGCAUGGCCUCCAGAUUUCCCUCAAAGUCCCUAUAAUCCAACAUUCUAUUCCAGCACUGGAGCUACACUUCAGUCUCUUUCCUACCCACAUGGGAGUUGAACAACUCCGUCUAUUUCAUCGACCACCACUCAAGCAGCUGGGCAGAGGCCCUCACCCUGUCCACAACUUGACUCUUCACAUCCAAAGGACAGCCCAGAAACGGGAGCAGGAGCUGCAGGCUUCAGGAGGAGGUCACAUGUUUUUCAUGAAGACAAUCCAGGACCUGAGUGGAAAAGAUGGAGAUAUUAUUCUGUUUGAAUGGAGCGAGGAGAACCCACCAUUCUUGAGCCAGGUUGGAAUGGCUUCCCAGAUCCAGAACUAUUACAAAAGGAAAAUUGGAAGGGACCCUGGACCUCCUGCCUAUAAAUAUGGGAACCUUGUAUUCUGUUCAACCUCACCCUUCCUGGGGCAACUCCAUGCUGGACAGUUCUUACAGGCUUUGGAGAAUAACCUUUUUAGGGCUCCCAUCUACCCACAUCGGAUGGCGGACACAGACUUCUUGGUUGUGGUGACCAAAGCAGGUUAUUUUCUGAGAGAAGUGAAGGACAUAUUUACUGUUGGACAGCAGUGCCCACUGUCUGAAGUUCCUGCCCCCAACUCAAAAAUGGCAAAGAAUUAUUUCCAUAACUUCCUCCAGGUUUUUAUAUAUAGGCAGUUUUGGAACAGCCCUUUCAGACCUCGGAGGAUUCGCAUGGAGGACAUCCGCAGGGCCUUCCCCAUGCUUUCUGAGAGCAGCAUCAGAAGGAGGCUAUCUAAGUGUUCAGAUUUCCAUCGGGCAGGGAUCUAUUUUAAUUGGUGGGUACUGAAGGCCCAAUUUCGCCUGCCAAGUGAAGAGGAGCUGAGGGUCAUGGUGACCCCAGAGAAAUGUUGUGCUUUAUAUAGCAUGCUGGCUGCCCAGCAACGUCUCAAGGAUGCUGGCUAUGGGGAGGUAUCUCUCCUAGACACAGAGGGGACCAAUGAUGAAAACACAUAUCUGGAUGAUGAGAUCCAGGCUGCCCCGUGGAACACAACUAGGACCUUCCUAGCAGCCACUAAGGGGCAGUGCCUUCUGGAAGUGACAGGAGCAGCUGACCCCACAGGCUGUGGGGAGGGCAUCUCCUAUGUCAAACUCAAGAACAAAACCCAUUUGGAAGCCAAGAGGGUGAUGGGCACUAAUGCGGACCUUCGACGUCUCACCCUGAGGGAAGCUCAGAAGUUACUGAGGAUAUUUGGGGUCUCUGAAGAGGAGAUCAAGAAGUUGUCCCGCUGGGAGGUGAUUGCAGCUGUUCGAGCCAUGUCUACUGAGAAACUCAACUCAGGGGCCAAGCCUGGAGCCCUCACCAGAUUUGCACGGAUGUCCCAGUCCUCAGGAUCAGAUCAGCAGAGAUACUUCCAGCAAGAGGUCCAAAGAAUUUUUGACCUCCAAAACAGUGUACUAGCUUCUACUGAGGUGCUGUCCACAGACACAGACAGUAGCUUAUCAGAUGAAGAAAAUGAUCAGGUGGUGGACAAGAUGUGUCAUGAAAUUGAGAGCUUGCUGGAGGGUACAAUUAACCCUAAAAAGCUGAAGAGACAGAAGGAAGAAGAGGAGUACCAGGAAAUGAAGAAACUUCUGCUUGGAGGAGAUGGGGACUCUCACCUUCAAGACAAAAGCAUGAAAAAAAACCAGGUCACAGACAGGGGCUCAGGCACCUUGGAUCCUGCAACUCUGAUUAUCCACCGAACAUUUAUUGAUGAAUCUGGCAAGAAGUAUGUGCGGAGUGAGAUAGUCCAGGACCCAGCAGUGAUCAAAGCAUAUAUUCAUGUGAGGACCACGAAAAGUGAGGAUUUCAUUCGGAAGACCUUUCAAGUAGAUGAGCAGAAGCAGCAAGAAUUGAAGAAAGAGAAGAAGAGACUCCAAGACAGACUUCGCCGGUUGCGAAUAGCAAAAGAAAAGGAAGAACAGAAGGCACUCCUUUCCCCAAAGAAGCUUGGGAAGCCAGAGGCCCCCAAAUUGAAUCUAAUAUGUGGUGCUUGUGGAUCUACUGGACACAUUAAGACAAACAAGAUGUGCUCCAAGUACCAUCCACCCAAGGACCUGGCUCCCAGGCUCAAGACCAUGACCAAGGAGCAAGAGGAGAGGGAACUGGCUAGACGACUCCCUCAGGAUUCCCUCAUCAAAGUCCAAGGAACGAAAAUUUUCAUGAAGAAAAAGCUAGUUGAAACUGUGCAUGAGGUCCAAAGGGAGACUUUGAAGGUGACGGUUGAGAAACGAACCCUGCCCCACAAGAGCCAGUCCAGCAGAUGCCAGAAAAGACCAUCAGUGCAUAUGGACCCCGAUGAAGGCUUAAGUUGUAUCAGGCCUGAGAAGACUUCUUCUGGAAAGUUCACAGCCCAGUUCCCUCAGAAGACUCUGCUACCUUCUGUCCAGUUAGCUCAGAGUGAACCUGAAGGUUCCUCAUUUCCCCACCAGAAAUACAGACGUUUAACUCAGCCUUGCCAGAAAGGAUCAGAAUUUAUGGACAAGAUUCAAAAACCAGUGAUCUCUCCACCAAAGGAAUCCCUACUGAAAGUUCAUGUGUUUCAGUUGGAGAGCACAGCCAUGGACCUGGUUCAGUUUGUCGAUUUAGGAAUUGCAGAUUGCUAUGGAAUCGGCUCCCAUCGGGGACACGAGAACCAGGACCUAGCUUGGGUGUGCUAUCAUGCUAACACGGUGUGCUAA